AUGGCCAGUGCACUGGGGGAACAUCAAAUACCGAGCGAUGGCGAUCCGUCUGCGAUAGAAGCUGUGAAGUUGUGGGAGAGGGGCGUUUCCAAGGAAAAGGACGGAUCGAUGAUGGACGCCAUCCAGUUCUACAGAAAAGCAUUAAAGAUGAACGAACAUGUAGAAAAGGUAUACCGGCAAAAGGUUCGUACUGAAAUCGAAAUUUCCAAGAAAUUACAAGAAGUGAAUAUAUCCCAGAAAGGCCCCGAUUUUGAUUCUGAAUGUAAUGCUGAAGAUGGAUCCGAAGGGAAUGGCGAAUUGCAGCCGUGUUGGAUCUUAGAUAUGCUGCCAACCGAUCUGCUACUGCAUAUUGUUCGUGAAGUUGUUUUAACGUCUGGAGAGUCCUGGGUAAAUCUGUCACUGACGUGCUCUGCCUUCAACAAGCUUUGCUUCCACAACUCGACACCGUACAAGACAUUUGCCACACUAAUUUAUCCCCUACAGCGGUAUGACGAGGUGUCGAUGACUCUCAACGGCAUGAGUAGUGCUCAACAGGUGGAGGAACUAUUUUGGAAAGAUGACUACCCUAGAAUGAUUAAUGAGCGGCCUUACAUAAAAUUUCGGGGCAUCUACAUCAGCGUUGUUAAUUAUCUGCGCCACGGUAUGAACCCAGAGGGAUCAUUAUCGCUCAUACGUCCCGUCCACAUGAUAACCUACUAUCGCUACUUCCGAUUUUAUCCUGAUGGGACGUGUUUACGAUGCUUGACUACUGAUGAACCGUCAACUGUCGUAAAGAACUACCACAAGGGCAAUUACGUUAAGGACAGCCAUAUAUGCCAAUGGGCAUUGAGUAUUGAUGACAACUUUGGCCGACUCACUAUUCGGCGCCAUGACGAUAAAUAUCACUUUACCGAAGAAUUGCAAAUCAAAAACCAAGCUUUGCGAAAACACCACAGGCUCACAUGGAUCAGCUCCAGCGCUACAGAUAAGGAAGGGAACAGAGCUGAUUUCUCGUUGAAGAACGAAAAGCCAUUCUUCUUUUCUAGGGUCAAAUCAUACCACGAUGAUUCAUUGGCAAUGUCGGCACACUCGGAUUGA